AUGAGUGGAUUGAAUAAUAGCAAUUUAACAGUUUUGUCGACGGAAGAGGAUGAUGAAGUCUGUAGCGAAGAGAUCUCCCCUCCGUUGAUUGCAGCAGGUAUUACGAUGCUUUCUGUAAUGAUAGUUUGUGGAAUAUUAGGAAAUUCUUUGGUUUGUAUAUCGAUGGUUAAAUGUUCGUUUCUUCGUCGUACUCUAUCCAAUUACCUGGUAGUUAGCCUGGCAUUAUCAGAUCUGCUGGUUUGUACGUCUGUCCUUCCAUUUGAUAUCAUUUACUGGAUGGAUUUCCCACAAUGGACAAUCGGUGGCUAUGCUUGUAACAUAUGGAAUUCACUGUUUUAUCUGAUGAUGACUGCGUCUGUCAUGAAUCUCGUAUUGAUAAGUGGAGAUCGUUUCAUUGCUGUUGUUUACCCSUUUCGCUAUCCCACAUGGGUGACUUACAGAGUUAUCAAGGUGCUUUUAACAAGUGUAUGGGUGUAUUCGGUAGGAGUAGGUGCAACGCUGUUCGUGUUACUGGUUCCACCUGAUGGUGACUAYUAUUCUUUUGAUUUGGGUGAAUAUGGAGAUUUCAAGUGGUAUCUAAACAUCGGCAAUGUGCUAAUACCAUUUUCUAUUAUGGUUUUACUGUACAUCAAAAUCUACGUGAUCGCACGACAUCAUUCACGACGCAUGAGCACAUCGCAAGCGAGUGACGGAAGUGUUGUUAAUAAUAGAAUUAGUGAAACYCUGCGACGUGAACUGCGCAUUGCAAAGGCUUUGGGUGUAAUAGUGCUGUGUUUCUUGCUAUGUUGGUUACCGUACGUUGUAUUGAAUUUCAUGACUCUAAAUGACUCUAUUUAUUAUGACUGCAAUAUUGAGUUAGCUGACACAGUAUUUUGUUGGCUUGCUUAUAUGAAUUCGGUAUUAAACCCUAUUUUGUAUGCUUACACGAAUCACGACUUUAGACGCGCUUUCAAGUCCAUUUUUUCCAGAUUUCUUACAAGACACCAAGUAUCAGACCAGUCUAUUAGUAACAUAGAAUCCCGCUUGUAA